AGCGUCAUUUCAGUCAAUUAAAGUGUGUGCAAAAAAAAUACAUUAUUAAUUAUGUCGUUGUUGAAGCCUGCUUUUAAGGUAAUAAAAACGAUUGAGGGCAAUGAUGUUAUGUUGUCAGUGGUGCCAAGUUCCUGGGAGAACAACGGCGUUCUGUUUUGGCCUUCUGGUGUAAAAUCAGAUAAGAUUCGGAAGGAUCCAAGUUCCGUUCCAAGUGCAAAUUGGACGAGACAUGCUUGUUUUGUCCUUAAGAAGGAUAUUGUUUCGUAUUCAAAAGCUAUUGAAUACCAAAAGAAAUUCGAACAAACAGCCACGGAAGAUGAGCAAAACAUCGCCAACGAAGGAGAUUCAGAAAGUGAGGAAGAGAGAGAAAUUCAUAAAUCGAAGCGCUCAAGGACACAUGAAAUGUCUUUCAGUGACUACACGCCCCUAGUGGAAGCAGCGAAUAAUCCUGAAAAGGCAGUUCUUGGAACUUCAAUGAAUAUUGAUAGCAUUGGCAUGUGCUGUUGUGACGGAUCAAAGUUUGAUUCACUAAAGCGAGAAGUUCAAAAUAACACAACAGUGUCAAAGGAGCGACUGACCGUAGAGAAAGAGAGACUUGCUAUUGAAAAAGCGAAUGGAAUAAAGCUUGAUAGGAUCUUGGAUCUGAUCAGUAAAGGAAGCACUUCUACAAUAGGAAAUGGUGAAAACACGACUUCGAAGAUGUACACUGUAAUGGAUGUCUUUGAUGCGGAAUCUGAGGGACUACCUAUCGUUGCAGUUGAAGGAAUUCGAGAAUUUGACAAAAAAUUGCAAAAUCCGGAAUUUAAAGAGAAGUUCAUCAAAUACUGUCAAAGUUACGCGGGUACAUCAGGAUGUGCCGAUUGGAAAAUUGCUUUCAGUCUAGUAGAUUUGAUAUUUGACAGACAAGUUCUCAUACACUUUUCUUGGACAGGCGUUGCAAAGGGAAACAACUCAAAAAUCGCCUUUAACCAAUUUAAAGAAAUAAUUCAAAGUUUUUCUCUAAUAAUGAAGAGAGCAAAUAACAAUUUUUCAAUGAAAGACACUGAAAAAUUUUUCAAACAAAAGAUUUUGAAACAUGCUUUCUCCAGGGCACAUCGGCGACUAGAAGUUAAUCCAGACCGUAACAGUGAUGAAGCCACCGAGCCACCAGCAUUUGAUCUUCCACCUGUUCAUCUAUGAAUUAAAAUGUCCUCAAGUAAAUUAAUUACAAUGAAAAACCCUUAAUGUAUAUUUCCAGAAUUUAUUUACAAUUUAUUAUUUCAAAGUAUGAAUAAGAGGAAUAAAAACUGAUGUGUUUAAAUA